GCUCCUAGCUUAUCCCAAUCGCACCGGCUUUACGCAACUACUACACCAACCAGAACGUGUCAAUGGACCGCCGGAAGGCGCCGAUGCUCUUUCUGUCCACGUCUAUUGGAAGUGCGUCGACGGCCGGCUCGCCGCGAACGUGCUCUUGAACUUCUUCUCGGGCGCGCGCACGAUGCGGUGCGGCAGCGGGAAUUUGAUGUCGUCCUUGGCGUACUGGAUCGUCGCCGGGCGCUUCAGGUCCGCUUUGUUCUCCACGACGCCCGUUCUAAUAAUCUGAAUCGACCGCGGCCGCGCGCGGUGGCGGCCGGCCAUCUCCGAGUAGAGCUGGUCGACGGCGCCCGUGAGUUUCGUCGCGCGGUACUCGCGGUACAUGUUGUGCGUGCCGCUUCUGCUGUUGUAGCGGAGCAUGACGUAGUACGUCUUGACGACGCGGUCGUUCUUCUCUCUGAUUUCGUUGACAUCCAACACCUCGCCCGUCGUCUUCUUCAUCUUGCGGUACUGGUGCAUGUAGUACCAGAAGCGGGACCUUGCCAAAACUUCGUUCGGCGCGAACAGCUUCAUGCGGUAGACCGGCGGGUCCGGCUCGGCCGCCGUCGGCGCCUUGCGGCCGAUGACCUGGUAGAGCUUGAAGCCCGGCAUCCUUACCGAGCGCCUCGCGGCUUUCGGUGUCUUAAAAGCUUAUUUAUAUACCGGCGGUCCCGUUGCGAGAUAACCUGUGGAGACCGACGCGGGUGAGGGCUUUGAUUGGCGAGUGGCGAGCGCGCGGUCGCGGCGGUACGGUGGUGGGCGCGGCCGAGACGACGUCGGAGAGCGUCCCCGGUGUUUCACCCUCUCAGAGCGGCGACGCGCCGCGUUUCGGGCGGCAGCGUGCCCCGCGGGCGUCGAGCAGUCCUGCUGCGCGGCGAUCGCCGGUGGCGCUCGCUCGCCGCAGGGCUAAACUCGAACUCGCUGGUAAGCGAUUUGGUUAAUCUCGGACGUACCGCCGCGAGGCCAGCGCAGUCUUCUCUCACGCGUAGUAGAUGGGUCGUAGAAUGUAUAGCACGCGGCUGCUGACCGGUUGUCGGCUAGGCGACGGUCUCCAGGCCCGAUAAUUAUCGAGCUCGCCUA